GUCUAAGGGAAUAUCCUGUUCCACUUUUGUGUAAGUUUAUUUUAUAAUUUCAGUAAAGAAAAGAAAAUCGAUGAUUGUUUGUUUUUGUUUUUCAAAAUGCAUUAGAUGAGUGCUUUCUAUACUGAUUAAUUAAGACACAAGGAUGGCGGAUAACAACGUCCCGCUGGGGCGUGGGAGAGGGCGAGCCAGCAUCCUAGCACAGGUGGGGCUCCAGCUGGGUCAGGGAGACGCUCCGGUGCUUCCAGACGCGGCACCGCCACAGGCCGAGACACCAGCUCCCUUGCCGGUGCUGGGACGCGGUCGUGGGCAGGCACGCAUAGUGGAGCUACUGCAGCAGCAGGCCGCGGCGGCCGCUGCGGAGCAGGCAGCAGCGCAGCCGCCUGUGUCGGCCGGCCGUGGCGCACGGCUGCUGGAGCAGCAGCCGGGGGCCGCCCCAGCCUCACUUCCCCCGCCCAGGGCCGGCAUAGGGAGAUCGAGCGCCCUCUUGUCAGUGGUGUCGGGGUCUCCGGCGCCUCAGAAAGUUCCGGCACAAGCUCCUCCGCCCGUUGCGCCUGAGCCACUGAAGCCACAGCCUGCGGGAGUGGCAGCGCUGGAAAAGAAACUGGAGCAAGUGUCGCUGCAGGAGCAGCCUCCAGUUUCCCGUACCGGGGAGUGUGGCACCAAGAUCUCUGCUGCGGCUAACUAUAUAGCUUUGAACUUGGAGCCCGGCAAGGGCGUGUACGAGUACGAAGUGCGGUUCAACCCCGAGUGUGAUGCAAAGGACUUUCGCUUUAAGAUGCUGAAUGAGCAUAUUCUUGCCAUUGGUGGUGUGAAAACGUUUGAUGGUGUGACUUUAUAUUUGCCGCUGAAACUGCCAAACGAGUUGACGUACUUGGAGUCGCUGCACCCGGCGUCCGGGACGCCGGUGACCAUCUCGGUGCAGUUCAAGCGGCAGAAGCGGCUCGGGGAGUGCAUCCACCUGUACAACGUGCUGUUCAAGCGGAUCAUGAAGGAGCUGCAGAUGUCCCGCCACGGCCGCCACCACUUCAACCCCGAGGACGCGCAGGUCAUCCCGCAGUACAAGCUGGAGGUGUGGCCGGGCUGCAUCACCGCCGUCGACGAGUACGAGGGCGGCAUCCAGCUGUGCUUCGACGCGUCCCACCGCGUGCUCAGGAAGCAGUCCGUCAAGGAGUUCAUGGGUGAAGUUACUCGCAAGUUUCCUGGAAACUACAGAGAAGAAAUCAGUAAAGGGCUAAUUGGCUCGUCAGUCAUGACAACUUACAACAACAAGCUCUACAGGAUUGAUGAUAUUGACUGGACCAAGAAUCCCAUGUCGACGUUCGUGCUUAGCAAUGGACAAGAGGUCACUUUUGUCGAUUACUACAAGAGGCACUACAAUUUGCAGAUCACUGACACACAACAGCCUUUGCUGAUCACCAAGAGUAAAUCAAAGAAAGAUGGGGGUACAGAAGAGCUUCUCGCAUUGAUACCAGAGUUGGCAAAUCUAACAGGUCUAACUGACCAAAUGAGAAACGACUUCCAGAUAAUGAAGUCCAUAGCUAUGUACACAAGAAUAUCACCGAAUCAACGGAAAUCGGCUAUGAUGAAGUUCAUCAAUAAUGUGAACAAAGCUCCCAAAGUCAAGAAGCUGCUCUCAGACUGGGGUCUCACCCUGGCUCCUGGUCCUGUGGACAUCACUGCGAGGGUAAUGCCUCCAGAAAGGAUAAUCUUUGGCCAGGGUGCUGAGGUUCCCGGUGCAGACAACGCAGAGUGGAGUGGUGCUGCGAUGAGGAACAACGUCCUGGAUGCAGUGAACAUCGUCAACUGGCUGGUGAUGCACGUGGACCGAAACAGGCAGGCGGCCCGCGACUUCGUGAGCAACAUGAUGAGGCUCGGCCCGCAGCUGGGCAUCAAGGUGUCGCAGCCCACCGUCAUCACGCUGGACGACGACCGGACGGAGAGCUACAUCCGCAGCCUGCGCGAGAACAUCAAGCCCAGCGUGCAGGUGGUGGUCACCAUCUGCAGCACCGCCCGCGACGACCGCUAUGCCGCCAUCAAGAAAGUUUGUUGCACCGAGAAGCCGGUCGCUUCGCAAGUGAUCAACUACCGCACACUUUCUAAUGAGAAAAAGCUUAAGUCUGUGGUUCAGAAGAUUGCUUUACAGAUAAACUGUAAGCUUGGUGGAACAUUGUGGGCAAUUCAUGUACCAUUCAAAGACAAGUUCAUGGUGUGCGGCAUCGACUCGUACCACGACAAGACCAGGAAGAGCGCGGCUGCCUUCGUCGCGUCCUACGACAAGGACCUGACCAGGUGGUACAGCCAGGUGGCGCUGCAGGGCAUGCAGCAGGAGCUCAUAGACUCGCUGGUCACCUGCUUCGUCGCGGCCAUCAGGAAGUUCCACGCGGUGAACAAUGGCUUUCCUGAUCGUAUUGUGAUCUACCGUGACGGCGUGGGUGACGGGCAGUUGGCCACGACAGCCCAAUACGAGGUGCCGCAGUUCCUCAAGUGCUUCAAUUCCAUACUUCCGGGUUACAACCCAAAGCUUUGUUUUAUUGUGUGCCAGAAGCGCAUUAACACGAGGAUAUUUGCUGCACGGGGGUCUGACAUGGAGAACCCACCACCUGGUACUAUCGUGGAUCACACUGUCACGAGACGGAACUGGUAUGAUUUCUUCCUGGUGUCGCAGAAUGUACGACAGGGCACCGUUACACCGACACACUAUGUGAUAGUGCACGACACAUGUGGCCUGAAAACAGAUCACAUUCAGCGCUUCACAUACAAGAUGUGUCACAUGUAUUACAACUGGCCCGGUACAAUUCGAGUCCCAGCACCUUGUCAGUAUGCCCACAAGUUGGCCCAGCUGGUGGGUCAGCAUACCAAACGUGAGACAUCCGAGGUCUUGACUGAUCGUUUAUAUUUUUUAUAAACUUCCAAAAAUGUGUGAGUUUAGGAGAUACGUUACCAACCGAUGUUUUUGAUGAGUGUCAAGUCAUGAAGUGUCGACUAUUUUACCAGUGCUUUUACUUUCUUUGUAUUACAUAAAAGUGUUGUUGAACCCAGAUAAACAAACAUUUUCAUAGUGGGAAAAACAUAUUUUUAUAUUUUUAUACCAUAAGCGAGAUGGGUAUAGUACAUGUACUAUCAUUUGUUUUGUGUGCAAAGUAAACGUUAGAGUAUUUA